AAAGCUGCCAUGCAGUGAGGAGAGGAUGAAAUCCUAGACAGAAGACAGCCAGUUACAUGCAACUGCCUGCUUCAGGAAGGGAGGUCUACGGGAACAAGGAGAAUCUUCAGGGACAGCCUCGCAUUGUGACAUGCCUGAUCCCUCACUUCAGGCCCUGCAGCAUGAACAAGGUGGACACUCACUGACCUGUCACAAGGCUGCCCCACAGAGCUUUGGGGUCCAUGUCUGAAUGGAUUGCUGUAGCCUUCUCAUCUCUCCCUUCGCCCAGUUCCCUGCAUCCUAAGACUCGAAGCCAGCACAGGACCUGGAAAGAUUACAUUCGAUGUAAGUGUAAAAAUAACCUGAGUGAUGCUGUCCAGGAAAUGUUUAAGAAACUUCUGGGCAUUUUAAAUCUGUGGGGUCUGAACGGCAUGUCUGUGGAUGAGAAGCCUGACUCCCCCAUGUAUGUGUAUGAGUCCACAGUCCACUGCACCAACAUCCUCCUGGGCCUCAAUGACCAGCGGAAAAAGGAUAUUCUCUGUGACGUGACUCUGAUUGUGGAGAGGAAGGAGUUCCGGGCCCACCGGGCUGUGCUGGCUGCAUGCAGUGAAUACUUCUGGCAGGCGCUGGUCGGACAGACGAAAAAUGACUUGGUGGUCAGCUUGCCGGAGGAGGUCACGGCCAGGGGCUUCGGGCCGCUGUUGCAGUUCGCCUACACCGCCAAGCUGUUGCUCAGCAGGGAAAACAUCCGCGAGGUCAUCCGCUGCGCCGAGUUCCUGCGCAUGCACAACCUGGAGGACUCCUGCUUCAGCUUCCUGCAGACCCAGCUGCUGAACAGCGAGGAUGGCCUGUUCGUGUGCCGCAAGGACACGGCCUGCCCGCGCCCCCACGAGGACCAUGAGAACUCGGCGGGGGAGGAGGAAGAGGAGGAGGAGGAGGAGACGAUGGAGUCGGAGACGGCCAAGAUGGCCUGCCCCAGGGACCAGCCGCUCCCACACCCCGGCAGCCUCGAGCCCACGGCCAUCCCGGGAGCCCAGAAGGAAGAGGCUUUGCUGGCGCCCGAGGCCGACGGGCCCGCGGACACCAAGGAGAGCUCCGAGAAGGACGCGUUGACGCAGUACCCGCGGUACAAGAAGUACCAGCUCGCAUGUACCAAGAAUGUCUACAAUGCAUCCUCACACAGUACCUCAGGUUUCGCAAGCACAUUCGGUGAGGACAGCUCCGGCCACAGCCUCAAGCCCGGGCUCGCCAUGGGGCAGAUCAAAAGCGAGCCGCCCAGUGAGGAGAACGAGGAGGAGAGCAUCACGCUCUGCCUGUCCGGGGACGAGCCUGACGCCAAGGACCGAGCGGGGGACGUGGAAAUGGACCGGAAGCAGCCCAGCCCCGCGCCCGCCCCUGCGCCCCCGUCGGGGGCCGCCUGCCUGGAGAGGUCCAGGACCCUGGCCUCCCCCUCCUGCCUGAGGUCUCUGUUCAGCGUAACAAAAAGUGCGGAGCUGUCUGGCCUGCCCGGCACAUCUCAGCAGCACUUUGCCAGGAGUUCCGCGUGCCCUUUCGACAAGGGCAUCACUCAGGGUGACCUUAAAACUGACUACGCCCCCUUCGCGGGGAAUUAUGGACAGGCCCACGGGGGCCAGAAGGAUGCGUCCAGCCUCCCGAUGGGGUCGCCCCUCAAGGGCCCUGGGGUGGAGGCUCUCUGUAAGCAGGAAGGAGAGCUGGACCGGAGAAGUGUCAUCUUCUCCUCGAGCGCUUGUGACCAAGUGAGCACUUCGGUGCAUUCGUAUUCUGGGGUAAGCAGUCUGGACAAAGACCUCUCUGAGCCGGUGCCAAAGGGUCUGUGGGUGGGGGCUGGCCAGUCCCUCCCCAGCUCGCAGGCCUACCCCCACGGUGGGCUGAUGGCCGACCACUUGCCAGGAAGGAUGCGGCCCAACACUAGCUGCCCGGUGCCAAUCAAGGUCUGCCCUCGCUCGCCCCCCUUGGAGACCAGGACCAGGACUUCCAGUUCGUGCUCCUCCUAUUCCUACGCGGAGGAUGGGAGCGGGGGCUCGCCCUGCAGCCUCCCUCUCUGUGAGUUCUCCUCCUCACCCUGUUCCCAGGGAGCCAGAUUCCUUGCCACAGAACAUCAGGAACCAGGCCUGAUGGGAGAUGGAAUGUACAACCAAGUCCGACCCCAAAUUAAAUGUGAGCAGUCUUACGGAACCAACUCCAGUGACGAAUCCGGAUCGUUCUCGGAAGCAGACAGUGAGUCGUGUCCUGUGCAGGACAGGGGCCAGGAGGUCAAACUUCCCUUUCCUGUAGAUCAAAUCACAGAUCUUCCGAGGAACGACUUCCAGAUGAUGAUUAAGAUGCACAAGCUGACCUCAGAACAGUUAGAGUUCAUUCACGACGUCCGGCGGCGCAGCAAGAACCGCAUCGCGGCCCAGCGCUGCCGCAAGAGGAAACUGGACUGCAUUCAGAAUUUAGAAUGUGAAAUCCGCAAAUUGGUGAGUUGGCCCUCCCAUUGCUAUCUGCACCCUGGAGUGACAGGACUGAUGCAAAGGUACAGCAGUGAAGGCUGAAGAAGUCAAGGGAAGGGUCACCAUUCAGGGAAGUUUGGGUUCAUUUGUAAACAAGU